AUGGGGGAAAAUGCUUGGGGUAAGGAUAUUCGGGGUGAGAUGGAUGGUGAUGUCUUGAAUAAGCUCUUGGCUUGUUCGCUGUCAGAAAAGGAGGCGGGUGGCAGGGCGGAGGAUAUUGAGAAGGGGAAACCAAGGGAAGGGCAAUUCGGAGAAUGGCUCAAAGUUAAGGAGACUUAUCACGGUGGGAGAAGUUAUUUCGCGAGUAGCUCUGAAGCAAAGAGUGCCCCUCCUCAGCAGCAUUCUAAUCAUGAUUCUAUAGUCUCAGCCAGUGUCACUCCUGUGCAAUUCUCUAAUCAGCAACCUGAGGCUGCAAUGGAAAGUGAAGAGAAGGACCAGGGUGCUGAGCUUGAACCGCAGAAUUCUCAGGCACUUCUUAUUGUACCCACUGCAGUGGAAUCUUGUUCUAACUUAAUGGAGAUGGUAGUGGAAGCUAUGCCAACCACCGAUCUUCACGACGGGUCAUCCUCCUCGACCUUCGGAUUCUCCAUCCUCAGCCGUCGCCGUGACCAGGUACACCACGCCGUGGACCCCACCCACGAAUCCAACAACGCCCAAGAGAUGGAACUGGAGGAUUUCCAGAAGAAGGUCGCCGCCCGAUUUCACGAUUUAGCCUCCGCGAGUCCCGACGACUUCCUCUCGAUCCCGUGGCUCCAGAAGCUUCUGGACGCGUUCCUCUCCUCCCAGGAGGAGUUCAAUCUCAUUAUAUCCCACAACCGGGCCCAGCUGAGCAAGCCCCCCAUGGACCGACACUUGUCUGAGUUCUUCGAGAGGAGCGUCAAGGCUUUGGACGUGUGCAACGCCAUCCGGGACGGCAUCGAGCAGAUCAGGCAGUGGCAGAAGCAAUUGGAAAUCGUUUUGUGCGCCUUGGAUAGUAACAACACUAAUAAUAAUAUUAGCCACAAGAGCUUGGGUGAAGGGCAAUUUCGUCGCGCGAAGAAGGCCCUGGUAGAUUUAGCCCUCUGUAUGCUUGACGAGAAGGAGUCCAACACGGCUGCCCUUGCCCACAGAAACCGUUCAUUCGGCCGUAACAAUGCCCAGAAGGAGCAAAAGGGGCUGGCUCAGUUCCGGUCACUUUCUUGGAGUGUGUCCCGGUCGUGGUCAGCUGCCCGGCAGCUUCAGGCCAUUAGCAGUAACCUGGCGGCCCCUCGGGCCAACGAGAUUGUAUCGACCAACGGGCUCAGCCUUGCUGUUUUCACAAUGAGUUAUGUGCUCCUGAUCGUGACGUGGGCCCUGGUGGCCGCAAUCCCCUGCCAGGAUCGAGGGCUCCAGACCCAUUUUUAUGUGUCCAGGCAAUUCUUGUGGGCUGGCCCGAUACUCUCGAUCCACGAGAGGGUUCUGGAGGAAUCCAAGAAACGGGAGCGGAGGAACUCAUGCGGGCUGUUGAAGGAGAUUCACGAGAUUGAGAAAUGUGGUCGACAGUUGAACGAGUUUGUGGAUUCUGUUAAGGUAUUCCCGUUGGGGGAGGAGAGAGAGAUGGAGGUUAGAGAGAGGGUGAGUGAGGCUGGGGCUGUGUAUGGGGCCUUGAGGGACGGGUUGGACCCGAUGGAAAAACGAGUCAGGGAUGUUUUUCACAGGAUCGUGCGCGGUAGGAUGGAGGGGCUCGACUCGGUUGGCCGGGCGAGUAAUAGUAACGGUAACCAUGAUUGA